GGAGUUUUAAAAAAUGUAUCACUUUUCCAUAACCUAGCGUUCAUCUGGAACAAACUCCGCGCGAAUUAGUUCCUUGCUAUGUAAUAUCACAGAAAAGCCAGAACACAGCUCCUAUUUCGCGAUCCUGGAUAGUGUAACUAAUGGCAUGGCGAACAAAGACUUUUUCUCAGUAUCUGGUUGGUUUGUAUGCGGCUUGGUGUGAUUGUGUAGAUGUAAUCGUACACGAGGUACGACGGGGAUGAAGGGGAGUCGAGGGAAGUCAGCGAGUGUAGUCACGCUCCCAGGAACAGCUGAUCAGUCGCAAACGGACGUGAGAACACGAUACACGUACGACGAAGCUCUGCGGAACGUGUGUACGUACAGUGGUACUCCUGUCUCUGGUUCGGUAGGAUCGUGUAAAAGAAAGCACUUACCUCCCUCGGAGCAAGGAAGAACAAAGGGCGAGCUGGUUCAUCACUUUGUCUAUGCCACUACUAGACAACGUUCAGUGUAGGAAGACGUCGUACGUUGUGUAGAAAUAUCUGCAUUUAAUAUACAUACAUUAACAAGAGCAUAAACGGCACCGAGCUAGGUGCUGAUAACUAUAUUCCUGAUCAGCUGUAAGACACAAAGGAGAGUCUAUGUGCGUACCAGGGUGCACGCUGUGGCAGAGCAGAGAGAAGCGUAACAGCGCAACCGAGACACGGGGCAGCGGCUACGCGGAUUCUAUGAACACCGACGGACCCACGGAAGAGGAUAUAACGAGCGACACGGCCUUUCGCGAACGUUGACCCGAGAUACAGUGUCCUAGGUCGUUGUCUUCCUCCUGAGUACUUGAUAUUUUAUUAAUUCAUUCAUCCAUUUCCAUCUUUACUUACAUACUUCACUUUUUAUAAAUCUCUCUCUCUCUCUCUCUUUCUUACAAUUUCCACUUCCUAUUCCUUUUUCCUUGUGUGACAAGAGCUGGAUAUUAAUAUGCAAGAUAAAGAAGACAAUGGAAUUAACAUCAAAUUCGAGAAUGAGAGGAAGAAAGAUUAUAGGCUGGUGCCACAAAAGGAUGUGAAUUGUCUGAACGGGACCAACGGGAAAGAAACAAAAUCCACGUAUAGCAGGAAUAUAUUGAAUGACAAGUAAAUUUUGAAGAGGUAUUACAAGUUGCUUGUCAAUGAAGAAUCAUUUGGAAUAUGUCCAAGGGAAAAGUAUAGAUGCAGAAAUGUAUCGAGAACAGAGGUUAUGCGCAAGCUUCGACCACAGCAGCCGACAUUGCCUGGUGGCGCCUGGGUAAAACAAUCAGUACUGACCAGGAAAGCGCGACGAGAGGGAAUCCUGGUUGAUUUCAAAGUAUUUAAUAAUAUUGCGAAUACUAACCAUAUCACCUUCUCUAAGUAAUAAGUGAGCUUCGUGGUUUAUUUCCAUAACACAGACUCCUGGGGAAUCGAAUUUCCCUCCUACAGGCGGCGACGCUCGAUAAUGCUUACCCUCAAGAAAGACAUUGUGAACGCUGCUUAAUGUCACAAGCGCAGUGGAACGAGCCACGAGAGAACUAACCUGUUAGCAACGCGAAGCAGGGGGUUGAGUGGAACUUGAGGCUGCUGGAAUAGUCAGAGAGGGUUUCGACGCCAUGGAGACAGGGAAGUCGGGCGUCGCGACGCCCAGACGUCCUUCCUACUAUUGCUCAUGGUAAACUACACGAGAAGAUGAGUCGUGCAGUGUCAGCAAGGAGAAAUGACCAAGACUGCGCUUAUUAAAAAUGUCGUGACGGAGGGGCAGCUCGUACCACCUGAUGGAGGAUGGGGUUGGCUCGUGCUCUUGGCAUCCGUCAUGGUAAACGUUCUCAUCCCGGGAACAGUCAAAUCCUUUGGAGUUCUGAUGAUCGAUUUCCUUGAGGCAUUCGAAGUGUCACAUGCAACAGCUGCCUGGAUUCCCGCUCUCUGUUAUUUUUUCUAUAGUUCCCUGGGUCCUCUAUCAAGUAUUCUUUCAGUUAAAUACUCGUAUCGCACGGUGACUCUUAUCGGUGGUACAUUUGCAGCCGUGGGAAUGAUGUUGAGCUACUUUGCAAAUUCUAUUGGUUUUUUAUGUGUUAGCUAUGGAGUCUUGGUAGGCACAGGAGCCGGAUUGUCAUUUCCGCCAACAGUCUACAUAGUCACGUCCUACUUUGAAAGGUUGAGGGGAUUAGCUAACGGACUUUGUAUUUCCGGAAGUGCCCUUGGCUCCAUAAUCUUACCCCCCGUUCUGGGCAUUCUUCUUCAAGAACACGGAUACAGAGGAACCGUAUUAAUAAUGGGUGCCGUGACAUUAAACGUAUGGGCCAGUGCGUUACUAUACGAACCAGUGGAGAAACACAUGAAAUUAGUCCCGGUCGUCGAAAAUCCUGAAUCCCAGAAAAGCAUAGAUGCAGUAUCUAUAAAAGUGAUGAGUCCAGACGAGGAAAGGAAGCUAAACAGCCCUCUAAUAAUCUCAAAUUCAAACGGCAAGGCUGCACCCAUAGUACCAAAAAGUGCUUCCAGCGUAGCGCUGGAGAACUAUAGGAACACACCUAUCCAGGGUAGAACCAGGAAGAUCAGUGUACCCAGUGGACGGGAUAUAGCUGGACAAAUGCAUAGCACACCAGCACUUUAUGCAGUCCCAGAACGUGGUGGCUUUGAGAGUGGAAAACUUUCCAGGAGAAGAGCUCCAGCACAAUCACCGAGUGCAUCGUCGUUUAACUACAUCAGUACACCAUACCAUGGAAGCACGCUAUCAGCCCUUCACCCAGAAUACGCUUCCACUUUGACUCUGAACGCCAUCUCCAGCACCUUCAAGAAGUCGCCAAAGAAGACAAUCACGGAGAACGACGAGCCUCAGAAUAAGUUCUUCGACUUCAGUCUUCUCAAGGAUCCAAUUUACCUUGUUAUUCUCAUCUCAAAUUCGACUAACGCUGUGAGCUACACGAACUUCGUCAUCCUUUUGCCUGUUUACGCCAACUCUUUGGGCUUCGACAAGAAAAUGUCCUCUCUACUGUUGUCAACGGUCUCUGUACUCGAUCUCAUUGGCCGUAUAGGAGGAUCCGCACUAUCCGAUGUGAAGAUAAUACCUAAACAUUGGUACUUUGUUGGUGGUUUAUUCGUCUCGGGAAUAUCUCUGGCGAUACUUCCAGUAGCUACUUCUUACGUUAUGCUCUCGGUCUACUGUGGCAUUUUCGGAUUGGCUUCUGGUAUCUAUGUUGGCAUAACUGCUGUUAUCAUGGCUGAUAUGCUGGGACCUGAAAAGCUUACGUCAUCUUACGGGAUAUCUCUUUUCGUUAAUGGAAUCAUACAGCUCGUCGGUCCACCGAUAUGUGGUUUAAUUUUUGAGCAGAUUGGAGAUUAUGGACCCAUAUUUAGUAUUCUAGGGAUCAUCCUCGUCGCCGGUGCUUCCCUCUGGGGCUUCGUGCCCUUUAUAAAAAGACGACAGAACGCUAUACAGACCGCUGCCAGUGUCGAGAAGUUAUAGCGAAUCCUUUUAGAUUAUUAAAAUGUAUUCCUUGAUCUUACACUAUUAUCUACAGAUCAAUCUCCAUUACAUUAUUUCCCAUUCAUUCCCAAAUUCACAUUUAACAAACACAAAGCGUUUCCAGUCUAUAAUUAUGGGAAUUCUACGUGUCUCUUUUACCUUGACUAAAGGACAGAUCCUUGAGAAUUAUUUAUUACCAGAAGACAGUCGGCAUAAAUCAUUUAUUCGAACCAAUUACCCUGUUGCGAGUUCUACUAUAAUAUUAGAUAAAGAAGAGGGACAGUUAAGUGAAAAAGAAAUAUAUAAAAGAACAAAAAAAGAUAAAGUCAAGAUCUCAUUACACGAUGUCACGAUACGCUUAAGAGAGCAAGAAGGAUUUUAUUUGUAAACAAUGUGAAACAAGGAAUUUACAAGUCUUUUAUGCCAGAGAUGUACUCUGCAAUAAGAUUUGAGACGAAGAGUUGUUCGAAUGUAAAAUGAAAAGACAUAGAUUGGUCGUAUCUAAGAAGAGGCCUUUCUUGAAUGCAAUUAAUUCAUCUGCGUUAAUAUUAUUGCCAGUCAAUUAUGCUUAAAGAAUCCAAAUUUAGUAGAAAAACAUUGGCCCAAGUUUUUUUUCACUUAGUAAAACCAAUGACAAGCUUGUUUUUUAGACAUAAUCUUCAUCGACUUUGUCAAAAGGACCCUGAAUUAUUAAUAGGGAUACUCCAAAGAAAAAAAAAAUGAAAAUGGAUAAUUGAAAAUAUGAAAAUGACACUCUGUCGCGGACCGACGAAUUCUCUAGGAAAAGUAUUCUUGCCUUAUAAAAUAUAGGGAUAUUUAAAAAAGGAAUAAUAAAAAUGACUGCGAUUACCACAGUACAAUCAAAUUUUCGGCUGCGGGGCAUGCAUAAUUUUUUUUUUUUAAAUGUACUUAGUAUUUUAUCAGCACAAAUGGUACCGCACCGGUAAUCGCAGUAUGAUUCUUUAAUUAUUACAUACGAUUAAAUAAGUUACUUUUGUAAGACUAUUUUCCACUGGCAAACAAGGUGGGAUGGUUCUAUGGUUAUAUGCAAUGUCAAAAGUAUAUAGGAGACAAAAUAAUAGAGGAUCUGGAAUAUCAGGAUUGAACGUAAAAGAGAAAAAGAGAGGGACAGUAUCGUUAUCAUUGAAUGUGAGUCCGUCGGUGCAAGAGCUCUAAAUAUUUUAGAAAAUGCUCUUAGUACUUGGUGCGAAUAGUAGGACUACAGUAUUUUAUAAAUUAUUUUGUAUCACGUAGUCACUCGGUGUAUCAUAAUAUUGAAAAAUGAGAUAACGGUAUUAAGGAAACUUAUGUAUUCUUUACCGUAUUUCUAUCAUCUUCAUCUUAUAAUUAGGGUCAAUACUUCAAGUAGGCGAUUCAUUGUCGCAUACAUGCAAUAUUGACUGAAGAUAUCAGAAUGUUCUGGAUUGUAGACAUUUACUUGUAUGUAAGGAACGAAUCGUGCAGAUUUGCGAAUGAGAAAUAUACACUAAAGAGAAUUAA